AUGUUUGUUUUCAGUUUAACCAAAUCCUUCAAACGUUUGCCUACUGGUAGUAGUUGUAUCUCAAAUACGCUGGGUAAUGGCUGUGUUGCUCGUUAUACAAUGCAAGUUAAUCGUGAAAAGAUCUUUUUCAAUCGGAAACGAGAACUUGUUAAAUUUAAAGAAGCAUUUAGUUCCGAUCCACAACUUCAUGUUGUUCUAGGUCCUCCUAGUAGUGGGAAAACCGCAUUGGUCCGCGAAGUAACGAGUAAAGGUAAUUUCAACCCUCUUUUUAUCGACUGCCGUAAAGGACAAUUUAACACACCAAAGACAAUUUAUGAUUCAAUUUCUUCGCAAUUCCAACCAUUUUUCAAAACACAUACGAAAUACUUGACAAAAAUGCUUCAACAAGGGGAAAUCAGUGCUGUGAUGGAUGAUUUACAGUUAAAAUUUAAACCAUUUAAUGAGAAUGAGAAAGAUAUUACUUCUGAUGAUGUCAUAAAGUUGCUUGAUAAUAUUGCAAGUGCCCUUCCGAAAUGGACCUGUUGGGAUGGUUAUAACAUACCUCCACCCAUUUUGAUCAUUGAUGAAGCAAACAAGUUUAGCCAUCUUGGGGGUUCAAAAGAUGGAGAAGUUCUUCUCGAAUCAAUUCUGGACUGGCUUGUGGUGAAUACAAAACAGGAAAACCGCUUCCACGCUGUACUUACCUCUUCCGAUUCAUUCUUUCUUAACUGGAUUGUAAAUUUUUUGCAUGUCCCACAUGUUGCCCCAUAUGUUGUUGGAGAUUUGAGUAGGAAAGAAGCUGAAGAGUAUUUUGAAAUGCAUAUUCUUCCUCGACAUGAAUGUGAAGAACUCAGAGGUAAAUUUGACCGGGUCUGCAAAAUAACAGGUACACGAAUGCUCAUUAUUGAUAAGUUUGUCAAUGAAUACAAAAUUUACAGAGGAAAGCUUGAAGAUAGUGAAUUUUCGAUUUUUAGACUAGAAGAUGAUAAGUUGAAGCGUGGUCUUUAUCCUAAAAGCUUGAAAUUUUCAAAUAAGCCUUCUCCACCAGCCUGGAAUGAUCGUCAUUUAAUCAAAACUAUGGAAGCAAUAGUGAAAGCAGAGGAUCAAGGAUUCAUUUUAGAAGAAGAUUUGAUUAAAGCAAUCGGUGAUGAACAAGUCUAUUCACUUGUAGAUUAUAAUUAUCUACAUCGUAGACCAACCAAUCAAUAUGCCAAUGACAUUAUUGACCCACCAGAUGAAGUAAACUCAGAAGCUUUAGGUAUUUUUCCGAACCAGGCCAAAUAUCGCAAAUUACUGGUACAAAAUCGUAUAGAGGCAUAUGAAAUUUCUCAAGAAUUCGAGACUCCUAUUGUUCCAUUAAAUAUCUGGAAUGCAAUUGAAUGUUGUGCAAAAUCUUGGAAAGGUGUAAGUUCUGAAACAAUUCAAAAUUGUUGGAAAAAACCCCAAAUAAUCCCACCAUCAUCACAAGAUAGUCAUAUUGUAGAAACUGUUCAAGAUAAUUUUGAAGAAGAAUCAUCACAACUGGAACAUCUAAUUGACAAAUUACCAUUUGACGAUCCUAUUAUGGCAAUUGAUUAUAUUACGAUUGACAAUGAAGUGGUUGAAGAAGAAACAGUAAUGGAAGAUGAAGAAAUCAUAGCUACAGUCACAUUGACAUCUAACAAUGGUAAUCAAGAGGAAGAAAUAGAAACUCCUUAA